CCAGCCUCUGCACGGAAAGGGAAGGGAAGGAGAAGUGGGGACUCGUCGACAUUCUGCCGAUUUCAGUGACCAAUUGCACGCUCAGAGACAGAGAGAGCAUUUGUCUCGUCCCGCAUUCGAUCGUCUGCCGGCCCCGCUCGGCUCGGCUCGGCCCGGCCCGGCCCGUUCUGUUCUGUUCUGGUCCGCCUUGCAUGAUCGUAAAUUGACGGAUGUUGUUGUGGGGGGCAUCGGUUGUGUAGCUGCUGCUGCUGGUGCUGCCUGAGAACUGCAUCAGGACGGAGUCGAUUGGGCGAUAUGGGGAGAAACAGGAGAUGGGUCGCGGCGCUGCUGCUUGUGGCAGGGUUCGUUGUGCUGGCAGGCGUGUGCGUGCAGCAAUGUGAGGCCUCGGCGUCUCAGAAUUCGGCCGACGGCAAGCGGAUUUUCUCAGAUGGCGAAAAGGACGUGCAGCAGGAUGAGGAUGCGGAUUUGAGUUUUUUGGACGAUGAGGAGGCCGCCGAGAAGAAGCAGGCGAAGGAAGAGAGGUUGAAGAAAUUAGCGGAGGAGGAAGCAGAGGAGGAGGAGGAAGACGAUGAUGAUGAUGACGACGAGGAGGAGGAAGUAGAGGCCGACGAUGACAUCGAGGGCGAGGACUUUCAGGGCGAUUCAGCUCUCGAUGAAGCCGGCGAGGACGAGGAAGAGGAGGAAGAAGAAGUGAAAGAGGCCGAUGAGAAGGACGUGGUCGUAAUCGGCAGCGGCAACUUUUCUGAAGUGCUCAAGGCCAAUCAUUACGUGAUGGUCGAGUUUUAUGCUCCAUGGUGUGGCCAUUGCCAAGCAUUGGCUCCAGAGUACGCCGAGGCGGCCACAUUGCUUAAAGACGUUGCUGUAUUGGCUAAAGUCGACGCCACCUUGGAAGAUGACCUCGCUCAAAAGUUUGAUAUCGAAGGGUAUCCGACUUUGAUAUUUUUCAUCGAUGGUGUCCAGAAGCCUUACAGCGGACAGCGUCAAAGAGAUGCAAUUGUGGAGUGGGUGAAGAAAAAGACAGGACCAUCUGUCAUUACUAUCACCUCGAAGGAUGAUGCUGAAUUGAUUGUUGACACACAGAAGACUACAAUGGCUAUUGCCUACCUGGAAGAUUUGAAGGGUGCAGAUGCUCAAACCUACUCCGCAGUUGCCAGACAAGAUGAUGACGUUGUAUUCUAUCAAACGGACAACAAGGAGGUGGCUGAGGCUUUUACAUUUUCCAAGGAAGCAAAGCGACCAUCCCUCGUUCUGCUCAAGCAAGAAGCUGAGAAAGUAUCGUGGUUCGAUGGUUCGUUCGAACGAGAUGAGCUUGUACGGUUUGUUGCUGAGAACAAGCUUCCUUUGGUCAUCACUUUCAACAAGGAAUCGUCGGCACUGAUUUUUGAAUCUCCCAUCAAGAGACAAUUUCUUUUAUUCGCUGAUCAAGAUGAACUAGAAAGGGUGUUACCUGAGUUCAAAGUUGUGUCCAAGGCCUUUACGGGAAAGAUGGUCUUCGUGCAUGUGGAUCUGGGAGACACUGAGCAAGCCCCAGGUAUCACGGAGUUCUUCGGGAUCCCAUCAGAUAAACCAGCGGUCGUGGCAUUCGAGUCUCAUGAAAAUGGUCGGAAGUUCUUGAUGGAGGGAGAAAUCAAUGUUGAGAACAUGAAGACUUUUGCAGACGGGUUUCUGAAAGAAAAACUGAGACCUCACCUCAAGUCCGAUCCCAUUCCUGAAUCUAAUGAUGGACCUGUGAAGAUUGUGGUAGGCAAGAACUUGGAUGACAUUGUUCUUGAUGAAACAACAGACUGCUUUCUUGAGAUAUAUGCACCCUGGUGCGGACACUGUCAGGCUUUGGAAUCUACGUGGACCAAAUUGGCUAAGCGUCUCCAGUCCGUGAAGUCUAUCGUCAUUGCGAAAAUGGAUGGCACCACCAAUGAACAUGCUAGAGCGAAGUCCGAUGGCUACCCAACUUUGCUCUUCUUUCCUGCUGGCAAGAAGAGUUUUGAUCCUAUCACUUUCGAUGGAGACAGGACACUUAAGGACUUCGUGAAGUUUUUGAAGAAGGAGGCUGCAAUUCCUUUCACUGUUCCUAAGAAACCUGCCACUGUCAUCGAGGAUGUCACCGCGACAUCAAAGAUUGCGGAACCCAGCAACACUGCAUCGGCUACCACUGAAUCCAAAUCCGAGAGUGGCAUUGGUUCAGUUACUGAAUCCGAUGCGUCAGUAGUCAAUGAGCCUCAGUGCACUAAGGAGUCCAUGUGUGAAUCUGACAAUACGGCACCAGCUACUAAAGAAGCCGAGAGCACGUUAGAGGCGGUCACCGAAUCCGUCACCAAUAUCCCUGAAAAGAUUCAACACGUGAUAAAAGACUCGGCAGAUUCGAUGAAAGAUGAACUAUGAGGUUUUUCCAACCUUCUGAAACAGUAUUAGACUAGGAAGGGAUAUUCCCUUAAUUCAGUGUUAGGUCGCAACCAGAUUUCAAUUUGAGUCUCCAUAGAAACUACAAAGGAUCCCGAGAUUCUCACAAAGAGAUGAAACAGGCAAAUUUUUUUUAGUCUCAUUUGUUCUCUUGUUGCGAGGUGUAACAUAAAUAUUGUUUCACUGCAAAUACACGUGAGUGGCACCAUGAAAAUGUAAAGAGCCUUGCUGUGUCCCACUUUCCGACUCCGCCACUGUAGUCUCAUUAGGAUGAAUCUAUCAAAGCUGAAGUGUCAAGGACACGUUCAUAAAUGAUCCAAGUGUUGAUUCGCUCGCGCAUCCAGUCGAGGAUAUAAGACCUGUGUAUAAGUGAGCGAGUCCUCAAGGUGGACCUUGGAGCAUAUGCAUUUUCUUUCUCUAUAUAUAGUUUCAAGAGCAUAAUGAUGUCAUUCAUGGUUUGUAA